GUGCAGAAAACAUUCGCAACGGCCUUGGUGCGGCCACCACCUUACCAGAGCUCGCGGUUUGUGUUGUGUGCUUUACGCCAGUAGUGUCCUUCGGCUGCCCGCAGUGUCCGCAAUGACGUUGUGAUUCGAGAAUCCGGCAAUAUCCGGGAAAAUCCAGCAUUAUCGAAUAGUGUUCCCGUUUAUCCAUCCGUUUCCCGCCCGCCCUUGAAAGGAAAGGAGGAAUUCGCAGGCGAGGCUAGCACUGACCUCUCGGUGAACCUGACGGAAGGGCAGCGACGCAGCGAGCAAGAAAACAAACAAAUUAAAAGUCGUGCUCGCCUCGAGGUGCUGCUGCUGCUGCUGCAGGAUUUGUUUAUUUGCCUAAACGCCAACACAGGGCGGCACACGAUAAUUGGCAUCCGAUUUUGGGCAAUUCGCCUGCUGCUAACGAUCUGCGACCUGCGAUGCGCCCUAGGGCGUUGGAUAUUGACGACUUUGUGCACAGUGAUUAAACGCACGGCUAGUAGGUCGGUGUCGGAGGUGCAUUGGAAGGCAUACGUGACUCGAAUGCGUACAGGCGUAUCCGCUGAACAGUCGGCCCCGGAGUACUGCCAAAGUCAACGGGGGCAGGCCUAAGUAAUAGAAGAAAAACAAAACCGCUAGUAGUAGGGAUUUUUUUAAAUUUUCCACGCGUAACGCACCCAUACAUACGCUCGCACACACCGUGUCCGUGACGUACGCGGGAGAUAUACGAUAGGAUACGUUUACGCAACGGGGCAACGUGGUCAGGAUCGCUAGGCUUUUCCGAAAUUCUCCGCUUCGACAGCUCCCUCCCAUCAACCGGAUACCAAACCCCCCAUCAAACACGGUCCAGUGUGUCAAACGGCAGCACCAAUGGCAGCAGACAGCUUGUCGCAGGAGGCUGAAUGCUUCGAGAUGCUGAAGGCACUGUACGACUUCACCGCCGUGUACCCGAAGACGAUCAGCUUCGACGAGGGCGAAUACUUCAUCCUGCACCAGACGAGCGCCCGACAGCGGAACUGGUGGCAGGUGGUCAGCAUGAAGGGGAACAUUGGCUUCGUGCCGUCCAACUACGUGAUAAGGAUGAAGGUGAACCCCAACUUCCUGAACGGCUUCCUCGAGUCGAGCAUCGAGUCGUUGCGGCUUUCCACCGACAAGGAAAUCAAUGGGAUCAUUGGCCGCGAGGAGUUGAUCAGCCGGCUGGUGGAGAAGAAGCGGAAGCUGGAGAAGCUGCUAAAGUAUGAACAAUCCGAUAGCGAAUCGGAGCCUCCUUCGCCACAGAAAAUAAGCAACGGACAUAUUAAGCAACUAGACGGGGACGAUCGGUCGCAGCAGAGGAAUGACAUGCAACGGCACUCCACCCCGAUGGAGCCGCAGCAGGUGGCGACGACGGCGAAAAAGUCCAUGUCGAGUCCGGCGGUGGGUGCGCAGGCACAGGCAGCCGUGCCGCCCCAGUUCAUCCAGGAGAGUCCGAGCACGGGCCUGCUGGCGACGAAGGGCGGGCAGCCCGAGCCGGAGCCGCUGACGCCGACCGGUGCAUACCACUCGGUGCACGAGCCCAGCAGCACGCUAUCGGAGGUGUCGUCCGAGGCGGAACCGACGAGCAAUAACACGGCCACGACGGGCACGCUCACGACGACGAGCGACGAAAUCACCGCCAUUUCGCGCGUCGACGAGCGGGGCCAACCGGGCGAACCGCCGGGGAUGGCGUCGUCCGGCGGUGUGCCGAGCGAGGCCGAGAACCAGACCGACCACGAGCCGGACGAGCUGGAAACGACGAACAACGACGACGUGACGGUGAGCGAAAAUGAACCACAGCCCGCAUCGGAACCGUCGGAACCGCGCGUUCCGAGCUCCGGCGCCGAACUGGCCGGCGAUGGUGGCAAGGCGGACGAGACGCUGCCACCGGCAAACGACGGAACGGCGGAACGCAAAUCGCCCGAGGCAGACGAAGCGAUUCCGAGCGUGCUGGACGAUGAGCUGGAGGACCGAUUGCCACCGGUGGCACCGAUAGAGGCGGCCGAAGUGUACCAGAUUGUGGACGCAAUACGCAACCGGACGCGGCUCAGCCACGAGCUGUCUAGCGUGGCGCUGCGGGUGGUGCUGAGCGAGCUGGAAGCGCUGGUACCGGCGCAGGUCGGGCGCUACUUCGAGCCGUUCGCGGUACACCUGGCGGCGCCGCUCGACGUACCCGACACGCUGCUCGGCCAGACGCACGACGCGCAUCGGCUGCGCGUCAUCUUCGCCGAGCUGUCCGACUGCAAGAACGACUCCGAGCAGCGCACCUGGAUGCUGCACGAGGACGAGGCCGACAUCAGCCAGUACCUGGCCGAGCUGAUUCGCAUCCUCACCGACGCCGAUCCGAAGAUCUGCCGCAGCGAGAUGGCGUGCGACCACUACCAGAGCAUCAUCAACCUGGUGCUCUACUACCAGAUGGAGACGCGCUGGUCCAUCCGGAAGCUGCUGCUGAAGGCGUUCCGGGCGAUGUGCCACCUCGACUACACGACCGUCGACAUUCUGCUCGGCUCGGUGCUGCCGCUCGAGCUCGUCCAGGACAUGGUGUCGAACCCGCGCAACAUCGAGAAGCUACAGGAGCUGGCCAACAUGCUCAUCAUCAUCUUCUCCAUCGGGCGCCGGAUGCCCAUCAACCAGCAAGAUCAUCUUCGAGCGGAUUUCGUUAUCUUUCUGCUGAAUCUCAUCGAGACGCCACCGGAGUGUGACGUGCAGGAGGUGCUACCGGACAUCAUGAUUAACUUGAUCCUGUCGUUCAACCUGCAGUUCGACAACUUUACCGACAACGUUGUGCUGGAGGCGAUAGAGCAGUUUAAGACGGCGAAAACCUUCACCGAAAAGAUACUGCUGCUGAUAAACCGCGAAGAGGACCCAGUGCACACCCUGAAGCACACACCGGUGAGCAUCAAUCCGGUGCUGAAGAUGCUCGUGGAUCUGUUCAGCCGGCCAGAAACGGCUUCAAUAUUCUACACCAACGACAACAAGGUGCUCAUUGACAUACUCGUGCGCCAACUCUCGGACCUGUCGGCGGGCGAACCGAUCCGCAAAUGGUACCUCGAGCUGUGCCGGAAGAUUCUGCGCAACACCAACUAUCCGGAGCACCAGCACCGGAAGCAGGACCUGAUGAAAAUCUUCACCCGCAUCUUCUGCGAGGAGACGGAGUGUAGCGCGAGCGAUCAGCAGAUCGUGCGUGAGAUCGCCAACGAGUUUCCACAGAUCUUCAAAGCAUGAGCUGCUUUCGCCAAACCCGGCACGAUUUGCCGCAUUACGGUGCGGCUUUGCACUCCUUGGGCGAACCUUCCUGCUGGGGGCAAUAUGUCCUUCGGUCACACACACGGGAAGGUGUCAAGCGCGAUCGCUUAGCAAUAGCGACUAGCGAACGGUGUUAUGGCUUUGCAUGUAGUACAACUUUUCCCUUCCCAUCGUUAUAUUAUUGCUCAGGAUUGGUGAAACACCAAUGUUAGGGCAAAGCAGUGUUGCUUGUUACAGCUAACACCACACGGCGAGGAGCAACCGAUGCAACCGUAACGCAUCUACUCGCGCGCAUUUAUUCUAACUAUAGAACUGGUUCGCCAUUCUUGUUUGUGGAUUGUUUCUCUGUUUUCGUCUUGUUUACUUGGAAAUUAUUCCGUUAAAACUAUCGUACAGGAAACCUAGAGUACUACCAGUUUUGUGCGUCUGUUUAUAGAGGAUAGAGAAAAUAUAAUAAAUAAACCAGUACCAGUUCACCUAGAUAAGAGAAACCGAAUCUGAGCGGCGGCCAAGAAGGCUUGCUGCCGCCGCGCUGCUUCAGAGCGAAUUUUAUCCUCCGGUUUUGUUAGCCGCUGCUCGAUCGGCGUGUUCGAAGCUGCCAGAGAAGUCCAUUUUCGUUAUCUAAUCGUUAGCAACACAGUCCUUGCCGGAGGAGUGUAGGUAGUCGGUUUGCCAUAGUCUAUGAUACCCACGACGGACGAUGUCACAUAAUUAGUCCGAUAACUGUUGAUAAUGUUUGUCGGAACAACACCACUUUACCUGUUUCCCCGUGUUUCCUUUAUGCUCCGUCGUCUGUUUCGUCGCACAAUUGCACGCAGGCGAAUGAAGGAAAUAUUUGAUAUAUUUAUAGACCUAUCUACAUAAAAAUAGACACACGCAAAGAUGUAUCUCGCUUAUGCGUCGACUAAGAGUGGAGUGUGUGAACGCUAGUCGACCAGCUGUAACCAGCCGUUCCAUGCACAUCCGGUAGAUAUUACUAUUGAUAAUAAGAACCCAGACACACGGUAUAAAAAACCCCACAACCCGGCUUCAGGUUAGGAUGGCUCCAAAGAGCAUAGGAAAGGGCGCGGAGAUGGGAAUACACGCUAGAGAACCAGACCUCCAACAUUUCCCAACUGCUAUUUGAUAGCUAUACAUCGCGAAUGAUGUGAAUGUUACCGUCGACCCUACGUAUCUUCCCCUAUAAACCCUUACUUGGAUCCUUGAUCUCACUAAAGCUGAAUCACUUGGCCGGUGCAUUUAAUGGCUUUAGUUUCGUUCGUUGUUUUCCGCGUAAACUAUGCCCAAGCGGUUUUACAAGUUAUAACAACAACAGAGUCCUCCAUGGGUGCGCUCGUGGGUGCAGAUAUUAAUAUAAAUAGAGAAAUAUGUAUUGAAAGGGUAUUACAUAGUCUAGUCACAGUUAGAACGUUUUUAAAUAUAUUUGAGAAUUUUUUAAUCGACUCAGCCAAAACCAAAAUGAACAACAACAAAGAAUGCCGAUGCCAAAAACGAACAAAGAACAAAACUGGACAACUCCUGGCACAUUUUAUAAUCCUAGCCUCCCUCUUCCUGGUAGAAGUUCAAGUACACGGCUCGAGUUCCACGUGCGGGUGGAUUUCCACGUUGAAAACCGAACAAAUCUUUGCCAAAUUACCAGUGGGACCGCACAUUGCACCCUUUGCUGGACCGUUCAACGGCAAUUGGCGUGUGCCAAACUGUGGGAACAGUGUUUGAAUAUCCGCUAGAAAAAAACAAUAGCACAAACUUCCGCGCAACGACGAAUCUUCUAAAAUCAAAUCGAAAUACUUCAAAAUAAAGGUUAAUUAACAA